AUGUCUAAGUUCAUCAGCCUUCUUCUCGUGUGCUCACCGUUCCUUCUUCUCUGCAACGCCAGCAUCUCCGGUCGUCCUUAUGGCACGUUUGAGCAUCCCGCUGCGAGAGCUCGACCCAGGUUCCGAUACUGGCUUCCCGAUGCCAGUGUCGACCCGUCAACCGUACAGAACGACAUCAGGUCUGCUGCCAACUUAGGCAUCGGUGGGAUCGAGCUCUUGCCGUUCUACAACUAUGGAGGAGGGACACCAGUCGUCGACUGGGUCAAGUAUGGCUUUGGAACGCCUGCGUUCAACAGGAUAUUCAGAGCUGCAUUGGAGACACACCGCGAGUGCGGUCUGUAUAUGGACUUCGCCAUGGGCCCAAACCAAGGGCAGGGUGUGCCCGCAGAGACGGACAACCCAGGUCUACAGUGGGAUCUGAGAACAUAUUCUACCAUCGUCUCUGAAGACGCCCCUUUCAGCCACUCGAUACCCGGUUGGGGAUCUGGAGACUUAAUAGCUGCCGUGUCAGCGCUGGUGCUUUCAGAGACCGAGAAGAGCAUACCUCCCAGAGCUGGACAAGGACCUCCUUACAACUACACGAGACUGGUCCUACAACACGACAGCCUAACGGAUUUGACAGACUCGGUGUCAAAGACAGGUGCUCUUUCCUUCUCGCCCCCGGCUCACAAUACUUCUGGACACUACAGAAUUUUCGCAUCCUAUCAAGUGUUGACACACGCGAAGAACCUCGAUCCUGACACGAAUGCGACAAACACAAUCUUCGACAAUGGCUGCUACAUUGUAGACCACUUUGACGGCAAAGGGGCCCAAGUAGUGACGGACUUCUGGGAUCGCUAUAUCUUGGUAAACGGCAUCAAGGAGUUAUUGAGCGAAGCGGGCAACAGCGGAUGGGAGGAUAGCAUGGAACUGUUGUCAAACGUCUCCUGGUCGCCAUCUCUACCAGCCAGAUUCGAGGAGCGCUGGGGCUACAGCAUCAAGCCAUAUGUGCCGCUCAUCAUCUUCGGGAACAACAACAUCAACAUACAAAGCGCGGAACCAGGUGAGCUCCAGUGUGUACUCGACACGGAGGACGAAGGCAUGGGAUACGUUAAUGCCUACCGAAGUUCGUUACGCGAUGGAUACGCCGAGUACCUCAAUGUCUUCACGAACUGGACCCAGUCCGCUCUCCAGUUGCAGCAUUCAUCAUAG